AUUGAGUCACUUCUCCAGAGCAGCAGUUGUGUGUAGAGUCAUGUCUUUAUACGGCUUCCUCUCACCACUCUUACUGUUGCACAGGAUUUAGCUUACGUUUGUGAAGAAUUGGACUCUGUGGAUUUGGGUUUUUGGCUGCCUUCUCACAGAAUUCCUCAACCUAACAAUGAAUUCAUCGAACUUCACAAAUUGCUCCAUCAGUGAUUUUAAGCACACCAUCUACCCAAUAGCCUAUCUCUCCAUCUUUUCCCUUGGGCUUGUAGGCAACCUCAUGUCUCUGUUCUUUUUCAUUUCCUCAUCAUUCAGAAGAAAAGCAUCUUUUUCUCCUGUCAACAUCCUCAUGCUCAAUCUCCUCCUAUCUGAUUUCAUGAUGGUGUGCUCACUGCCGUUUCGAGCCACCUACUAUCUCAUGGACUACUGGGCUUUUGGAGACAUCACCUGUCGGAUCAUGUCCUACAUCUUCUACAUCAACAUGUACAGCAGCAUCUACUUCCUGGCGGUUCUGAGCAUGGUUCGUUUUGUGGCCAUCGUUAAGCCAUUCACAUACGUGCGCUGGCAAAGCUCUAGGGGAGCCUGGGCAUUAUGCAUUGUCAUUUGGCUGAUCGUGUCUUUGGCAUCCAUCCCGCUUCUGAAAGCUGGAACUUAUGUGGAGUCUAAUCAGACCAAAUGCCUGGACCUGAGACCAUCCCAGGUGGGGACCAUCAUCAUGUUGAAUCGAGGUGUUUUGUUUUUAGGCUUCGUUAUGCCCUUCGUGAUCAUCUCAGUGUGUUACAUUUUUGCAGCCUUGUAUUUGUUAAAGCUAAGAAAGAUUAGGCAGAAUCAAAGAUCUCAGUUCAAUCACAAGAAGUCCUGUUAUCUCAUCAUUAUUGUUCUGUUGAUUUUUCUCACAUGCUUUAUGCCAUAUCAUGUCGUCCGAACUCUUUUUUUAGAGGCUGAAAUGAACAUUCAGAACAAUGGUUAUGACGAGUCCUGUAAUUAUAUUGAAAGUCUGAGAAAGGCCGCAGUCAUUACACACUGUCUGGCCUCAGGAAACAGUGCCUGGAUCCAUUGCUUUUCUUUUUCGUUGGUGAAAACUUCAUUAGCUUUUGGCGACAACAUACACCAAGAAGACAGAGUUGUAUAAUUGAGCAGAAAGUGAAAGUGUUGGAGAAGAUAAACAACAAUGAUUUAGAUAGGUGUUUUAAACUAGUAUAGAAUGCAUGGGACCUGUUGGGACCUGAGGGGGAAAUUCCCAAAAAGACUCUGGUAUCUAGUAAAUCUGUUGUCCAGGAAGAACUCGAUUAACCUCCAGCAGGAAAGCACUGUUUCCAUCCCAUGUGCUCUAGAGAACCAAACAGAUCAUUAUAUUCAGUCUUUUAAGCACACAUUCCAGUUCCACUAAAACAACAUGAUGGUGCAAUGCCAUUGGUCCAUUGGGCCAUCUGUGGAUUCAACGUUAAUUGAGAUUUUAUGUUGUGCAUAAAGGAAUUUAUUUGGUACAUGUGUUUCCAAUUUGGGUUAUAUGCAUGCCUUCUCAACAGAUAAUAAUUAUCUGCCACAGACACAUCUGUUUAUUAUAAAUUGUUUUGUAAGGACCUACAUGACAUUAAGAGUAAGCACAUGUGUGCAAAGGAAUUCUUUUAAAGUAGGCUACAUUUUUAUUAUAUAGCCUAUAAAAUACACUAUGUAUUAGUUAUUUGUACUGAUCUAUUUUAAACACCAUGCAGUAAAUUUUGACCUGUUGAUGGAUAAAAAAAACAGAUAUAUGUAGAUAUAUGUACCCAUAUUGCAUUCAAGCAAUAUCGGUAAGGUAUCCAAAAUUGUCUAUAGAGCACAGAUAAACAAUUAUUUAUCAAUUAAAUAUGACUUAACCUUUUUUGUUCUUUAAGGGCUUCAGCAUUUCAGCAUUGGCAAUGCUGUAGUUUUAGUGUAACAAAAAGUCAUUUUAUUUAUUUAUUUUUGUUGAUUUUAUAUAUAUAUAUAUAUAUAUAUAUAUAUAUAUAUAUAUAUAUAUAUAUAUAUAUAUAUAUGUAUAUAUAUAUAUGUGUAUAUAUAUAUAUGUAUAUAUAUAUAUAUGUGUAUAUAUAUAUGUAUAUAUAUUAAUUGUUUUUUAUUAUUCAUUAUUAAAAUUGUAGAUAUUUAUAGACUACAUUUGUACAUUUGCCACUCUUAUUCUAAUGUUAAAAUACAAUAAAAUAAGACAAUUGUAUAUAAAGGUAUAGAAGAAACUGUACAUACAUGAAACUAAAAUUAAAUUAAAUAAAUUAAAAAAAACUUUCAGAAGUGCACAGAUUUAGCCUCUGUAGGAGAACGAAAGGUAUUGUUGAUAAAGGAGUCAUAUCAAGUUUGAAUAAUUCAAGUUUUUUUUUUUUAAGAGACCUUGUAUGCUUAACAAGUCUGCAUUUAUUGGGUCAUAAAUGCAGUAAAAACGUUUUAUAUUAUUGCAACUUAAAAUAAUGUUUUUUGGAAUGUAGUUUAUUCCUGUGGUGGCAGAGCUGAAUUUUCAUCAAGCAUUAAUCCAGUAUUCUUUGUCACAUGAUUAUUAAUAUGCUGUUUUGCUAAAACGUGUUUAUGAAUGGCUAAUAUUUUUUGUGGAAUUAUUAUGGAAAGCCUGACACUAGUAUUCAAAAUUUAGGUGAUUAAAAGAAUACAAGUUUUGUUGAGAAAGAAUGUAUAAAAUUGUUAAUAAAAUAAAUUAAAUGCUGUUUUUAUGAA